AUGACGUCUCCAUGGGCAAAAAUUGAGCAACCUGAUCCAGUAAAUCUGGAAGAAAUCCUAUCUGAAGAGGUAGCCAGACAACUGCAAAUAAAAAAAUACAAAAACAUGACCCAAAAGAAUAAGGAAGACUUAAAAACUGCAGUAGAAUUACCUGAUAGUCUGAAAACUGUGUUUGAUAAUAUUUGUGAUAGUGAAGAAACUUUGGUCAGGAUGCCGAAGACCCAUAAUGAUGACCAAUCCCAUAAAGUAAAAUUAAAUAAAUCUACAUUGCUUUAUAACUGUGGAGAAAAUUCUAUUAAUGAUGAUUUCGUCAGUGAUUCUGAUAAUGAAGAAGAAAUUUUAGAUGCUAAUGAAAGAAAAUUCUGGGAUAGAUUUGAAAAUUUAGAACCCGAAUUGGAUUUAAAACUACAGUGUCUUGACAAAGUUCCACAUAAAAAAUAUAUGAAUGAAGACACUAAUGAUUAUGAAGUGAUGAGUGAAAUACAAAGAGUCUGUAGAUUGAAAAUAUUUCCACGUAAGCAGUCAGGGAAAACCAGUAAAACUAUCGAAUGCUGUCCAGAAAAGUUAACAUACUCUAUACUUUAUAAAAUGAUAGAAAAACAACUUUUGAAAAGCAUUAAUGGUAUUAUUGGUGAAGGUAGGGAAUCAAUAAUCCUUCAUGCCAAUUCAGAUCCCUCGUCCUUGUUGGAUUCCAACUUGCCUAAAGAAUGUGCCAUAAAAGUCUAUAAAACAAUUCUAUCUGACUUAAAAAAAAGUGAAAAUUUUUAUGAAUCAGAUCAUAUAUUUCCAAACAGAAAAGGAGGACGAGCUUCUGAAAGGAUUAGAAGUAUUUGGGCUGAGAAGGAAAUGAUCAACCAGAUUCUAAUGCAAGAGGCUGUAAUACCUUGCCCAAAAGUAGAAACACUUGGAAAACAUGAAGGACAAGUUUCCACAAGGAAUAUACAUAUUUGGGCUGAGAAGGAAAUGACCAACCUGAUGUUAAUGCAAGAGGCUGGAAUACCUUGCCCAAAAGUAGUAACACUUCGAAAAAAUGUAUUGGUGAUGGAGUUUAUUGGAAAAAACCAGAUACCUGCUCCAACAUUAAAGAUUGCUAGAAAUUUGAAAUGCAUUGAUUGGAGAAAUGCUUAUGAACAGGUGAUUGAUUAUAUGAAAAUUCUUUUUAACAAGGUAAAUUUGGUACAUACGGAUCUAAAUGAAGAUAAUAUCUUAUGGUAUGAAGACAAAUGCUAUUUUAUUGAUGUCAGUAAAUGUGUAGAGAACAGCCAUGAAAAAGCAAUAUUAUGUUUAUAUAGAGAUUGUAUCAAUAUCGCAGAUAUUUUUUCCAAGAGAGAUGUGGCCAGAAAGAUACCGGAUGUGGCCACACCAAGUGAGCUGUUUAUUUAUAUAACAGGCUUUGAUUUUCAUGAUAGGGUUACUCUUCCUGAAAUAGGAGAAUCUUUAUAG